AUGAAGGCUACUGGACGUUAUUCGUUAAUAGGACUUUUUUUGCUUAUGUUGGGAUUGUUUUUUGGAUAUCGACAUCACUUCAAAUUAACAUCGGAACUGCCUGUAACAACAUCCUAUAUGACUGAAUUGGAGUUGUUGAGUAUUCAGACGUCAUAUCAUAUCGAAGAAUGGCCUAUCAAGAUUUCUGAAUGCACGAUGUCGCAAUGUUUCGAUUUGUCGCGGUGUUUAGCGCACGAUGCAUUUCGUGUAUAUGUUUAUCCGUCGGACAAUAGCUCAGCGAUGUCCAUCGUAUACAAUAACAUAUUGAAAGUUAUCCGAGAAAGCAUGUAUUAUACCGACGACCCUCAAAAGGCUUGCUUGUUUGUUCUAGGCAUCGAUACCGUGGAUCGGGAUAGAAGAAGCGAAAAUUAUGUAAAGUAUGUCAAUGAAUUGAUAGGAAAUUUGCCGACUGAAAUUUGGAACCGUGGCCGCAAUCAUGUUAUAUUCAAUCUUUAUCAUGGUACAUAUCCGGAUUAUUCGGAUCAUGAUCUUGGCUUCGAUACAGGUUAUGCUCUUAUUGCUCGUGCCAGUGCAAACACUCGAGUAUUCAGGGAGAAUUUUGAUCUAUCGUUUCCUCUUUUCCAUAAAGAGCAUCCAUUAAGAACGACCAUAAAGGCGGAAUGGUCAUUAAAAAUAAAAGACAAAUACCUGGUAAGUUUCAAAGGCAAACGGUACGUUUAUGGGAUUGGUUCGGAAACGCGUGACUCCCUUUAUCAUCUUCAUAAUGGACAGUCUGUAAUCAUGGUUACAACAUGUAAGCAUAACACAGAUUGGAAGAAAUAUGAGGACGGGCGUUGCGAAGAGGACAAUGUCGAAUAUGAUCAUUGGGACUAUGAAAUGACCAUGGCUAAUUCAACAUUUUGCCUUACACCACGUGGACGACGUCUUGGCUCGUUUCGUUUUCUGGAAGCACUUCGGUUGGGUUGCAUCCCAGUUGUUUUAUCCGAUGACUGGGAAUUGCCGUUUUCAGAAGUGAUUGAUUGGCGUCAAGCAGUGGUCAUCGGUCAUGAAGAUACUGUCCUUACGAUUUCGGAUGUCUUGAGUGCUAUACCAUUCGAUCGUAUUUUAUUUAUGAAGCAGCAAUCACGAGGUUUAUAUCAGCGAUAUUUUAGUAGUGUGGAAAAAAUUGCACUCACUUCAUUGCAGAUCAUUGAAGAACGUAUCAAAAAGCAACGAGGCGAGGAACCAAAAAAUUGGAAUCGUUUGUUUUUAUCUGUUGAAAAUUUUCCUCCAUCAAAUGAAAAUGGUUAUACAGUUCUUCUAAGAGCUGCAAUAAAAGUAUCUGGAAGAUUGAAUCGAAUUAUAAAUUUACUCACUGAUAUCAAUGAAAUACAAAAGAUUAUUAUACUGUGGCCCAAAAGUCGUCAAAUGAAAACUAAUCUUGACAGGUUUGGCACAAAGAUAUUUGUACAACAGGGUGACUUCGAUGUGCAUGGUGAUAUUUUGAGUCAAGCUCAGGCAUUGCAAGCUGAAUUUUUGGGUAAAUUUGUUUUAUUUAUGGAUGAACGUGUGCCUAUUGCAGCUGAUGAUAUCCGCUUUUUAGUGGAUGUGGCAAACGCUGAUCCUUAUCGUCUUUAUGGUUUUUAUGCUGCCGAUUCCAAAAUGGAAGGAGGAGUGCCAACAAUUGAACUUAAACCGAGCAGUCGAUAUUCGCUGAUUCUAUUCCAUUUUGCUUUGAUAAAAAGAGAAUACCUGUUGCUUUUUGAACAGUGGAUGCCAACACCUGCCAAAGAAAUAGCAUCAAAAUUAUCGCAUUGCUUGACUUUGUUAAUGAAUAUGAUGGUGGCAGAGUUAACGGGACAAUCUCCAGUGUUAAUCGGUAGUAGAAUUCAUGAUAAAUGGAUGCUUACCAGGAAUUAUUCAGGAUGCUUGAAUAAGCUGGUUGCUAAUGUUUGGCCAUCGGGUGCAUCGCUAAUCAGUAGUCAGGCGAAAAUAAAUCCACUUCUGCAUAAAAAUGACAUUGCAGCAUUUCGAAAGAAAUACGCGGGUGUGUAA